CGGUGCGGGGCGGAGGGGAAGGAGGGCGGGCGGGCGGCCGGGGCGAUGCUGGCGCGGGCCGCGCUCCGGGCAGGGCCAGGCCUCGGGCUGCUGCAGCGCUCCCAUCAGCUGAAGCGUGCAGCAUGGCUGGCCCCAGCUCCACACCGCUUGAACUCCAGCUUGCCUAUGAAUAUUGGGGUGCUGUUUGUGCCGCAGCAAGAGGCUUGGGUGGUGGAGAGGAUGGGCAAGUUCCACCGAAUCCUCGAGCCUGGUUUGAACUUCCUCAUCCCUCUGCUGGAUCGGAUUCGUUAUGUGCAGAGUCUCAAAGAAAUCGUCAUUAAUGUCCCAGAGCAGUCAGCUGUCACCCUGGAUAAUGUCACCCUCCAGAUCGAUGGCGUGCUCUAUUUGCGGGUUAUGGACCCCUACAAGGCCAGCUAUGGGGUGGAAGAUCCUGAGUACGCAGUGACCCAGCUGGCCCAGACCACCAUGAGAUCUGAACUUGGCAAACUUUCCCUCGACAGAGUCUUCCGGGAGCGUGAGUCCCUCAAUGCCAACAUUGUGGAUGCCAUCAACCAGGCUUCAGACUGCUGGGGCAUCCGGUGCCUGCGCUAUGAGAUCAAGGACAUCCAUGUACCCCCACGUGUGAAAGAAUCUAUGCAGAUGCAGGUGGAGGCAGAGCGACGGAAGCGGGCAACAGUGCUGGAGUCAGAGGGGACGAGGGAAUCGGCUAUCAAUGUGGCUGAGGGGCAGAAGCAGGCCCAGAUCCUGGCAUCAGAAGCUGAGAAAGCUGAACAGAUCAACAAAGCUGCUGGAGAAGCCAACGCCAUGCUGGUCAAGGCCAGGGCGAAGGCAGAGGCUAUUCAACUACUGGCAGCUGCUCUGGCACAGCAGCAUGGCAGUGCUGCCGCCUCUCUCUCAGUGGCAGAGCAAUAUGUGAAUGCCUUCUCCAAUCUUGCAAAAGACUCCAACACCCUCCUGCUGCCCUCCAACACUGGCGAUGUCACCAACAUGGUCGCACAGGCCCUGGCCAUCUACAGCACAUUGACCAAGCAACAAACUGUGAAGACCCAGGACGAGGCACCUCCAGCCUGUGAAGAGCCCCAGCCUCCCACCACCGAGGUGCUCAAGGCAGAGCAGGCUGGCUCCAGCUAGCAGAGCCAGCAGCAUCUCUCACCCUCGCUCGGGACCUGCUGGGAUACGGCAGUUCUCUUCUGCUGUCUUCCCUGGUCAGGUGUUCUCUUUCCCUCAGUCCUUAUUUUGUAUUUGGAUUUCAGUCACGGAAUAAAUGGUACCAGUGCUGCUGCA